UCUCUCUCUCCCUCCUUGCUUGCCUGCUUUUUUACCUCCCCACACGCAGUGUUUGUUUGUCGGUCCUUCCUCCCCCCCCCUCCCUUUUCUACAUCGCACUUGCAUCGUCCGGGAUUGUCACUUCUGUCGCCCGCGAAUCUCGCUCUUGUGCAUAAAUUCUUCGUUCCCACGGCCACGAUGGCGGACUACAACUAUGGAGGUUCUGAGGAGGAGAAUGCGGAGUUAAGGAAGCUGGAGGUCGAGCUGCUCGAUGAUCCUGAUAACUUCGAGACCUGGGAGAGAUUGGUUCGCGCCGGCGAAGCCCUCGAGGGCGGCAUCAACCGUAACUCCAACCCCCAAGCCAUCACCACCGUGCGCAAUGUCUACGAUCGCUUCCUCGCCAAGUUCCCCCUGCUGUUCGGAUACUGGAAGAAAUACGCCGACCUGGAGUUCUCGAUCACCGGAACCGAGGCCGCGGAUAUGGUCUACGAACGGGGUAUCGCCAGCAUCUCGCCUUCGGUCGAUCUGUGGACCAACUACUGCUCCUUCAAGGCAGAGACCUCCCACGACGCCGACGUGAUCCGAGAGCUUUUCGAACGCGGUGCGAGCAGCGUCGGGCUGGAUUUCCUGGCGCAUCCAUUCUGGGACAAGUACAUCGAGUAUGAGGAGCGAGUGGAGGCCUAUGAUAAGAUCUUCGGCAUCCUCAGCCGCGUCAUUCACAUCCCUAUGCACCAGUAUGCCCGGUACUUCGAAAGAUUCAGGCAGCUGGCCCAGGCCCGCCCCGUCGCGGAACUGGACACCCCGGAGACCUUGGCCCAGUUCCGUGCGGAGCUGGAUGCUGCUUCCGCACACGUGGCCCCCGGCGCCAAGGCAGAGGCCGAGGUCGAGAGGGACCUGCGACUGCGCGUCGACAGCCAUCACCUUGAGAUCUUCUCCAAGACCCAGACUGAGACCACGAAGCGCUGGACAUAUGAGUCCGAGAUCAAGCGCCCGUACUUCCACGUCACCGAGCUCGACGAGGGCCAGCUGGCGAACUGGAAGAAGUACCUCGACUUCGAAGAAUCCGAAGGGUCGUACUCCCGCACUCAGUUCCUGUACGAGAGGUGUCUGGUGACGUGCGCCCAUUACGAGGAGUUCUGGCAGCGCUACGCCCGGUGGAUGGCCGCUCAGCCCGGCAAGGAGGAAGAAGUGCGAUGCAUCUACCAGCGUGCAAGCUACCUGUACGUGCCCAUCGCCAACCCGGCGACUCGUCUCCAGUAUGCAUACUUCGAGGAGAUGAGCGGCCGGGUGGAUGUGGCCAAGGAGAUCCAUGACGCCAUCCUGAUCAACAUCCCUAACCACGUGGAGACGGUAGUGUCCCUCGCGAACAUGUGCCGUCGCCACGGCGGACUCGACGCUGCGAUCGAUGUGUACAAGACCCAGUUGGAUUCGACACAGUCGGACCUGGCGACGAAGGCCGCGCUGGUUGCCGAAUGGGCCCGGUUGCUGUGGAAGAUCAAGGGCUCCUCCGAGGAAGCCCGCCAGGUGUUCCAGACGAACCAGCAGUACUACAUGGACAGCCAGGCGUUCUGGACCAGCUACCUCAGCUUCGAGCUCGAGCAGCCCACGAGUGCCGCCACGGAGAACGUUCAAUACGAUCGCAUCAAGCACGUCGUUGACGAGAUCCGAACCAAGAGCGCCCUUACGGCCGACGUCGUGAGGGACCUUGUCCAGCGCUACAUGGUGUACCUGCUCGAACGCGGAACGAAGGACGCCGCGAAGGAGUACAUGACUCUGGACCGUGAAGUCCACGGCCCCUCGUCUGUGUCUCGUACCAAGGCCGGCGAGGCGGCGCUUCAAGCCCCUCCGCCCGUGGUGGUGCCCGUGGCGGAAGUUGAUCCCACCCCCCCUCAAGCUAACCCCUAUGACUACUAUCAGCAGACACCCGUCAACGGUGGCGUGUGAGUCUGAUAAUAGGCAAUUGAACCCAGAAAUCACCAGAUCAGCUGGCCCGGGAGCAUCCACACCAACUCACCCCCCACCUCCCCUCCCUCCACAUCCCUCCCCGCCACGGGAAUGGCACCUCCCUCCCUCCCGCUCCCAGCCCUCGAAUGGCGUGUUGAUGUGUAGAACAAUAAUUCUUCUUUUUUGAUUUGUGCAGCUUUCAGCGAGUCCGGCGUGUUGAGUGGGAAGCGAGAAGUCUACUUCGAGCAGUUUGCCUGCCCUCUGCCUCUUCCAUGAU